GUACUGCGCACGAACAAAUGCGUCUGAAGCAGUGUGUUCUUUACUAUUGUGCGUACGGUUAUAUACGGCAUCAGAUAGCCCCAUUAAAUCUGCGUUUAAAACAUCUGACAGUUAUUAAGCUGCACAGAGAGCCUGUGAUUUAAUUCAUUGCCUGCAAAUUUUAAUUAUUUACGUUUACACUAGUAACCAACAGCAAAAAUGAAGACUAAAUUCAUCAAUGGCGUGUCUUCCUCGCCUACAAUGUCUCUGGGUUUAUUGGUAAAUGAGAAUGUUCUCGAAGUCCAGCCUGACAGUGAGAAUGACUGCAAAGACAUCAUCCGACCGGAUGAGCCCGACCACCAGACAAAGCAUAAGGCGUAUCUGUGGUGCAAAGAAUUUCUUCACGGAGCCUGGAAAUCCAUAGAUGAGGAUGAUUUCCAAAUCUCUAUUAUCAGGGGAGGCCUCAGCAACAAACUGUUCCUCUGCGCUUUGCCAGAGAAGCAACCAAGCACUGGAGAUGAACCACGAAACGUGCUGCUUCGCCUGUAUGGACAAAUUCUGCAGAUGUCCUGUAAUAAAGGGGAUUCCAGACAAUCAAACACUGAAAAUGACUUUCAAGGAGCUGAUGCCAUGGUACUGGAGAGUGUGAUGUUUGCCAUCCUGGCUGAGAGGGAGCUUGGGCCCAAACUCUAUGGCAUUUUUCCACAGGGGAGACUGGAACAAUAUGUCCCUAGUCGAAAAUUGUCCACAGAUGAGCUGAGUGUCCCUGGUAUAUUUGCUGAGAUUGCUGAAAAGAUUGCCAGAUUUCAUGGAAUGAGAAUGCCCUUCAACAAGGAGCCAAAGUGGCUGUUUGGCACCAUGGAAAAGUACAUGGAUCAAGUGCUUCAGCUCACCUUCACCAGGGAACACCAUCUACGCAAUUUCUCCCGCCUUUUGAGCUACAACUUGCCUCAAGAGAUGGACAGUCUAAAGUGUCUACUUGAAUCUACUCCCUCUCCUGUUGUUUUCUGCCACAAUGACUUGCAAGAAGGAAACAUCUUGCUCCUGAGUGGCCGUGAGAACUCAGACAGACAGAGGCUCAUGUUGAUUGAUUUUGAGUACAGCAGCUACAGCUACAGAGGAUUUGACAUUGGAAAUUUCUUCUGUGAGUGGACUUAUGACUAUACCUACGACAAGUUUCCAUUUUUCAUCACGAACACCAAAAAUUACCCCACCAAAGCACAGCAGAUGCAUUUCUUUCAGUGUUAUCUGUUGGAAUCUCAUGCUGGUUUUGAAAACUUGAGUGAGGAGGACCAGCUGAAACUCAAAGAGGACAUGCUAGUGGAGGUUAACAGGUUUGCUCUGGCCUCCCAUUUCUUCUGGGGAUUGUGGUCCAUAAUCCAGGCCAAAAUAUCAACUAUUGAAUUUGGGUACAUGGAGUAUGCCAUGGCCAGAUUUGAUGCAUACUUUGAGCUGAAAAAAAAGCUCAUGGUAUAAAGGAAACAUGCAUAAAUUCCCAACUGACUGAAAGAAGACGGAACAACGCUCCUACGGUGUCAAGGAAAGAGCGGAGCAGAUUUUGAAUGUUCUUGAAAGAGGAUGCAUCUGUAGUAAUUCAACCAUGCUGCAUGGACCAAAAUCAAUGCAAAGUAUAUAUUUAAAAUGUGCAUUGAGUGUCCACAUAUGCUGCUUUUCAGUGUUUACAAGUUUAAGCUUCUCACAUUUAACACACCAGCCUAAGCUUCUGGACAGUUGGAGAAUAACGUGAAUAACGAGGUCAUGUGCCAAAAAAAAAAAAGGCUAAAAAAAGAUUGUAGGUCAGAGUUUAGGAGCGCAAAAUAUUUUAUGCAGCUGCAGUUUGAUUCACAAGUCACAGAAUAGUGUGGCAAAAAGUUCUUCAUACUAAUUCAAACCAUGUGGUGUUUCUUAUAGCCUAGUCAUCUGCUGUAAUGUUAUCUAUAUAACCGGUGAUAGAAGAUGACUGUGAAAGAGUAAGGUUAAAAAACUGGACCUUUUACCAGAAAUUGGUAGACCAAACUGUGUUGCCACUGUGGUUGUGAUGAUUCAGUAUUGUGUUUCCAAGUUCUCUGUUUCCAUUUUAUGCCACCUUUUUGGGGGGGAAAGGGGGCGUCCUUUUUACUUGAUGAUUUACCUCUUUUCGACUUCUAGUAGAUCAUGUCUUAUUUGAUUUUCUAGUAGAUCCGCAUGAUGUGAAGUGAUGAUGUGAAUACCUGUGGGACUGCACCAUCUGUGUGCUCCUUAGGGGAGAGAUGGUCUGAACAGUGGAAAACUAUUAUGGUGUUGACCAUAGUGAUAUCAUUCACCUCUUGUUAGAGGUGCUUGUUUAUUUUAUAAGAAUUUGAUAAGUUUGAGAUUACCCGCCUGUAUAUGAUUUGAUACUGAAUUGAUAACUGUUAGAUAUUAAUAUAAAACUUUAUAUCAAUCUGUUCUUAAAAUAACAGCAUUUUAUUUUGUACAGCAGUUGGUCCAAUUACAAAUUUCGUAGUGAUUUUUUUUAAUGCUAUACAAUUGUUUUACAAGUGAACAAUAUUUACUUAACGCAUUUAGUUUUGCAUUUUGCUUUGUAUAACCUUAAAUUACGGUUAAAGUAAUGUUUAUUUUUACCAUACUGUUUGUUUGAAAUGUAGGUAUAGUGAAACAAUUGUGUUAAGGCAGUCUUACUUUUUUUUGCUAACAGUAACGUCAAAGGCACUUUCUUUAAGAGUUCUGUGAAAAAUGUUUAGUACUUGUAAAUGUAACUUUAUUAUUAUUUUUCUGUAAUGGAAAAUGUAUAUUUCUUAAUAAGAAAGUUUUAUGUGUCUUUAUUGAAAUAAUGUCAGUGGAUCUCUUGGCCCCCUCUUUUUUACUGUACUAUACUGGUGAUCAAUUUAUGUCUGUUUCACACCACACAUCAUCACACAUAUAUUAAAUCAUAUAAAAUUAUAUAUAUAUAUAUAUUUACGUUCCUAUAUAACUGGUCUCUAUGGUUCUCGAUUUUUGGAACAUUAGUAAAUGGAAGGGAAAAGUUAAAGUAUAAUGUAAAACAAAAGAAUAAUUGAAUAGAAUUCCUUUGUAGAUUAAAAUCAGUCGUCUAAACCAGCUUUACUAACAUGUUAACAUCAAUAUAAAGCUUCUGAUGCUUAUUCUCUAUAAACACAUUAAAUGUAUAAAUAUAUAUAUAAAAAAAUGAGAUCGACAUUUCUCAUUAUAAAAGAGUUAUGAUACGAAACCAAUUCAGCAGAAGUCAACAUUUUGUAAUGUACUAAUUCAUGCUUUGCAUUUGUGAAUAAAGGGUUGCAAGAUUA